GACCCCGCGGCCCGCGAGCUGGCCAAGUACGGGCUGCCGGGGCUGGCGCAGCUCAAGAGCCGCGAGUCUUACGUGCUGUGCUACGACCCGCGCACCCGCGGCGCGCUCUGGGUGGUGGAGCAGCUGCGGCCCGAGCGGCUCCGUGGCGACGGCGACCGCCGCUCGUGCGACUUCCGCGAGGACGACUCGGUGCACGCGUACCACCGCGCCACCAACGCCGACUACCGCGGCAGCGGCUUCGACCGCGGCCACCUCGCCGCCGCCGCCAACCACCGCUGGAGCCAGAAGGCCAUGGAGGACACCUUCUACCUGAGCAACGUCGCGCCCCAGGUGCCCCAUCUCAACCAGAAUGCCUGGAACAACCUGGAAAAGUACAGCCGCAGCUUGACCCGCACCUACCAAAAUGUCUAUGUAUGCACGGGGCCACUCUUCCUGCCCAGGACGGAGGCUGACGGCAAGUCCUAUGUGAAGUACCAGGUCAUCGGCAAGAACCACGUGGCAGUGCCCACCCACUUCUUCAAGGUGCUGAUCCUGGAGGCAGCAGGCGGGCAGAUCGAACUCCGCUCCUACGUGAUGCCCAAUGCUCCUGUGGACGAGGCGGUCCCGCUGGAGCACUUCCUGGUGCCCAUCGAGAGCAUUGAGCGGGCCUCGGGACUGCUCUUUGUGCCAAAUAUUCUGGCGCGGGCAGGCAACCUCAAGGCCAUCACUGCAGGCUGCAAGUGAAGGCUGUACCCUGCCAGACUGGGGGCUGGGUCGCAUUAAAGGUGGUGAUUUUUGGAGA